AUGGUUAGAGAGCGCGCCGACUGGGAGGCUUAUCGUGAGCGCUCGUUAAAACGUAUUGCUGAGUUUGAAAAGUCCAAGGCUGCUCUUGGUGAGGAGAGAGCCAAAUUUGAAGCCGAUAAGAAGGCCGAAGAAUGGGGCCGCGAGGGCUUGCAAAAGAAACUCCACAAUGUUGAGGAGCAACUGGCCAAAGAGAAGGCUGAGUUUAAACAGGAGGCGCAAGGAGAGAAGGCUGCCAAACAGCAGAUGGAGGUUGAGUUGUCUGAGGCCAAGGUGCAGCUGUCUAGCAAGGACAGAGAUCUCCACGCCAAGGACGUUGAGAUUGCGGAGCUCAAACGUCGCUUGAACGAGCAAAUCGACAGAUGUGAGUCGUUGGAGAUCGACCUGGAGGCCGAGAGGGUUAAGGCUGCUACGGCUGAGGAGGCGCGUGCUGUCAGCACUGCCGCGCUUAACGUGGCUCAAACCAACUACUCCGAGGCCCAAGGAAUCGUUGACACGCUUGUCUCGGAGGCUGAAUGGAUGCGCACUCGUGGAGUAGCGCUUGUUGCCAACUCCAUCCUAAAUGCUGGCGAGCUCGAUCGCGCCGUUGCUGCUCUCACGGAUGCGGCGCGUGCGGUGGGCCAUCGAGGAGGUUACUUGGAAUGUGCCAGUCACGUUGAGCAGAUACUAGGGCAAGAAUUUGAUGUAAGCCACUGCUCGGUGACUGAACGUGCUGAUGCUGCGCUUGCACAUGCUGAAAACUCAUAUGACAACCUUACCUUGCCUAUCAUGGAUCUGGUUGUGGAAUCCUUGAAAAAAGACGACUGGUGCCAGCGUCUUAAAGCAGUCCUCGACCCACCAGUUACCGUCGAACUGUCCGAUGAAGAACCAGCUGGUGAUGACGGUGGAGAUGGAGAUGAUGAUGGCGACAAUGACGAUGGUGAGGAUGACGGAGAUGAUGAUGGUGAUCGACGCGAUGAAUAG